AUGAUUAACGAGACACACCUGUGAGCUCCGGAAGCUCAAACAGUAAAUGGAAGAAAAUGUGAUAAACGACGUUGUUUUGGACAAUAUAGCGUUCUUGUCAACUAAAGAAAAAAUACACACUAAACUAUGUCGAAAAAGUAAUGGUUGGAUGUUGUUUCAUGUCCACUCCAUGAAGUAUUUUGGAAAGAAGUUUUUCCUUGGACCAUGGAGGUGCUCGGAAGCAGCUACCCGCCUGGGUUUCAAUCUUCCUACACUAAGUGCUGAUCCUGAGGCCGACCUUAGCUGCCGCGUCUGACAGGCUGUCGGUCAUCUCCUGUAGAGCCUGGGCUGUGUCUCCAAGACGGGCCAAGUCUUCAGCGAAAUCCAGUGUCGUGUACAUUCCAGUACAGAUCUUCUUACCUUCUGAAGGAACAUAAUACAGCAGCCAGUUGUUGACUCAAGCGUGUCCAUCGGCCUGAUGUGUGCGUCACAAUGUCUGAGGAAUCCCAGCGUAUCGAUCACAGCUUGUAGUCCAGGAGACAAGACACGAGGCCGGAGCAGCCGAGCAGCUCCUGAGACACCCAGAGUGGGUCCUCUACCUUCACCUGGUCCUCCACCAGCUCCAGCUGUAAGCAAGGGAUAGAAACUAAGGAAUAAGGAAAACAUGGCCAAAGCUCAGGCGCCAGCCUCAACCCCAGCACCUGCGGCAGCACCAGCACCAGCACCUGCAGCAGCACCAGCUAACUCUGAAGUCAGAGUUGAUGGAGCGCCGCCUCCAGUUGUCAUCAACAACUAUUCCGAUAAGCAGCUCCGCAACAUCGUGAAGCGAAUGAGAGAGAGACUGGAGAUUUACAAGGAGAAAGUGACUGAUCAAAAUGCUUCUUCGCCAGAGAUCAGCCCGCCUGUCACACCGCUGUUGCAUAAAGACCACUACGCUCAAGUUCUCGAAGACAGGAAAAGGGAAGCAGAGGAAGAGCGGAUAAAAAAGGAAGAGGCUGAACAGAAGAAGAAAGAGGAGCAGGAGAAGAAAAAGAAGGAGAAUGAGCAGAAGAAGAAGGACGAGGAGGAGAAAAAGAAAUUGGAGGAAAAAGAUGUGAAAGAGGAGAAGAAAGACCUGACAGUCGUCUUAAAGGAGAAAAUGUGGACUAUUGUGGAUGUCUUUUUAAAGCCCUUGGAGGACUGUAUGGAUUCUCCACUUGGCACCACGAUGGAUCCUUUUACAGACCGUCGCUACAUCGCCUGGCUGAGCUUAGUGACGCUCGCCUUCAACUACAACACCUGGUUCAUCACUGUCCGCAUGUGUUUCCCCUACCACACCGAGAGCACCAUCCCUUACUGGUUGGCCCUGGACACGCUGGCGGACCUGAUUUACCUGGCAGACAGCAUCCUCUUCCAGCCCCGCAAGCAGUUUGUCAAAGCGGGAGACAUCAUUGCAAACAGAGCAAUGACAAAGACGAACUACAGAGAAACCGAGAGAUUUAUGGUUGAUGUCUUGUCAGUCUUACCCUUCGACUUGCUCUACUUCCAGUUUGGGUUCAAAUCCAUUUUCAGAGCCAACCGCUUGCUGAAGGUAGCAACAUUUUUUGAGUUCAGCGACCGCUUGGAAAGUCUCAUGGCCAAGGCCUACAUCUGGAGAGUGAUUCGCACCAUCGGCUACCUCCUCUUUAUGCUCCACAUCAACGCUUGUUUGUACUACGUGGCUUCAGACUACCAGGGCAUCGGUAAAACCAAGUGGGUCUACUCCGGCCUGGGAAGUCCGUACCUGCGUUGUUACUACUUCGCUGUCCGCAGUCUGAUCAACAUCGGGGGUCUUAAUGAACCCCACACCGUCUUUGAGAUAACGUUUCAGAUGACAAACUUUUUCACGGGCGUCUUUGUGUUCUCCAGUUUGAUCGGACAGAUGAGAGAUGUCAUUGGUGCGGCCACAGCAGGACAGACUUACUUCCGCUCCUCCAUGGACGGCACUGUGUCCUACAUGGUGAACAACCGCAUCCCCUCCCUGGUCCAGAACAGAGUCCGCACCUGGUACACCUACACCUGGGACGCUCAGGGCAUGCUGGAUGAGUCGGAGCUGCUCGAUAAGAUGCCUUUGGUGAUGAGAACCGCCAUCGCUAUGGACAUCAACUUGACCACCUUUCAAAAGAUUGAUCUUUUCAAGGGUUGUGACCAGCAGAUGUUGGUAGAUAUGCUACUCAGACUCAAGUCUAUCGUCUAUCUGCCAGGAGAUUUUGUUGUAAAGAAGGGUGACAUCGGCAAGGAGAUGUACGUCAUCAAGAGUGGAGCAGUGCAGGUGGUGGGAGGACCUGACAACAGUAUUGUGUUUGUCACACUGAAGGCCGGGUGUGUGUUUGGAGAAAUCAGCCUGCUGCAGUCAUCCAAAGACGGGGGAAACAGGCGGACAGCAAAUGUCAAAGCCUUCGGUUUCGCUAACCUUUUUGUCCUGGAGAAGAAAGACUUGUUUGACAUUCUCGUCCACUACCCGGAGUCUCAGAAAGUGCUGGCCCGAAAGGGAAGGAAGUUAAUGAAGGCAAAGGGUCCAGCAGCUGCUAAAGCGGAAGAAGAAAAGAAGAAAGGACUCACCCUUUUUGGACCCAAACCACCCACACCCAAACUACUGCGAGCCUUUGGAGGGUUUAACAGAAAAACAUUGGAAAAACUAAAGUCUUGUGCGGGCGGCCAGUGACGACGCUUGUCUAUUUAUUUAACAACUCCGUUUUGGGAGUGACUGUGACUGUCAUUUUCAGCCUUUUAUAUUCAUACACCACUUAUAUUUUUUCCGUCCGUCACAUUCGUAGUAGUUCAUAAUUGUAAUCACACAAUAAAUAUUGAGUGUUUUAUCCAAAUAGGUGUAACAGUCUGUCAGUGCUCAAUAGUCAUAAAAACCUGAGACGGAUUAUCCACUACAUUAAA